UGUUGACGAUUAUAACAUUGGUGAAGCUGUACACGUGUCACUUGAACCAAUGUAAAAUGAAAGUUUUGAUUGAUCAGUUAUUCCUCGGAUGGAACGAAUUGGAAACACCGGAAGAAUACGAGAUUAUGAAGAGAUAUGCUGAAAAUAGUAGGCGAUAUUCCUUGGGAUAUUCAUUAUAUUGCUUUGUAUCCGCAUUUCUGUUUCUGUGUAUGUCACUUAUACCGCCACUACUGGAUAUUGUAUUACCUCUCAACGAAUCUCGCCCUGUAUUGUCAGUUCAUCCAGGAUAUUAUUUUGUUGACGAAAGAAAAUAUUUUUUCUAUAUUUUUUGGCACGCUGUCAUAGCCUGGGAAAUUGCUGUGACCGGAAUAGUGGCUCACGAUUGUCUGCUCCUAACUUAUAUCGAACACAUCUGCAGUAUUUUCGCCAUAGUCGGAUUUCGAUUCGAACGAGUGAUGUAUAAACAUAAUGAAAGUACCAUAAAAGUUUUACAUUCUCAUGACACAAAUGACACGUUUCGCAAACGAAUUGCAUUCUCCGUAUAUAUGCACCGAAAAGCUUUAAAAUUCGCUCAACUCGUCGAAGACACGUUUUCGUUAACGCUGACUAUACAAAUAGCAUUAAAUACAGUAAUGAUCAGCAUUACCUUGUUACAAAUCACGCAGCAGAACGCCAGUGUUUUUGUAGUGGUGAGAUAUAUAGUAUAUGUUCUUAGCCAACUGAUUCAUAUAUUCUGCCUCAGUUUUGAGGGACAAAAGUUGAUAGAUCACAGUCUUCAAACGCGCGAUAAGAUCUACACUAGUCUUUGGUACGAAACACCUCCCAAGUCGCAAAAGAUGCUUUUGUUUGUGAUGCAAAAAACCCUUCAACCUAUUUUCUUGAGCGCUUGCAAGAUUUACAUUUUUUCAAUGGAGAAUUUCACCAUGGUCAUGCAAACUUCAAUGUCAUACUUUACGGUACUCGCAUCUCUAGAAUAAUUACGCAAUGCGGUCAGUGUAACUAUAAUAUUAAUAAUAAUAAUAAUAAGAAGAAGAAGAAGAAGAAGUCUUGCCUCUAUAUAUAUCUUAUAAUUUAUAGUUCUUACAUGACAGCAAGACAAUUAAGUGUAUAUUACUUAUAUGCGAGUAAUGUAUACGUAUAUAUACAUUCAUAAUAUAAAUAGUGAUUAGUAAUUCAAUAACUUGUACUUUUGCAUAUGUGUAUGUACAUAUAAUAUAAUGCAAUAAUUAUUGUUGAAAUUGAUUACGUAUCAGCUGUGUUAUGUUUCUCCGCGGACAGUGCAGUAUACCGAUGUGAAUAUCCGUUAAAUGAGGACUCAAGUUACAGGUUGUAUCAUUCUUUAUGCAAAUUUAAUAGAUGAAAAUUUGAAUAAUAUAAAAAUUUGGAUAUUAUCAGAGAUAAAAUUGUUCAAGAUAAGCCAGACUUUGCACACGUUUCUUAUGAUCAUUUAUUCACACGUAGAUGAUUCUAAUAAGCAAUUAAAAUUGGAGAUAAAAAUUUAUUAAUUUUAAAAUCUCUAUGAGCACAUUAAUUUAUCAAGUGAUCGAGAUUAUUACACGAAAAAGUUGCGCCUGUGUUAUUUUUUGUAUAAUAUCGAUUGAUUUUAAAAUACGUUAUUCAAUCGACGUUUAUUAUUAUAUCGUCUUAUAUCUUAUAUUUAUUAUAUAUUUUUAAAUUUAGCAUUUAGAAAAUUCCAUCAAGUCUUCUCGGCCACGUAUCUGCUCGAUAUGAAUUACUACUCUAUCUAUUUGAUAUUACCUGCAUUGAUGCUAUUAUAAUACUGCAGGUUAUACUAUUUAAAUUGGUGCUUUUCGAUCAUGCCAUGUUCCCGCUUGCUACACUAUAUACAUAUAUACAUAUAGUUACUACUGGUGCGUGCACUGAGGCUAUAUGCGUAUACAUAUUAGCUAUAGGCUAGCUAUAGGCUAGCUGUUUAAUUUAAUGAUAAAAACGCAUUGUUUUUCGACAUAUGUACAUACUCCAAGUA